AUGUGGCUGCAGAUGCAAGGGAAAUUACUAACAGUGGACAGAAUUGCUUCUUGGGGCAUAACUGUGGAUCAUAUAUGUAAACUGAGUAAUAGGCAUAAUGAAACAAGGAACCAUUUAUUUAUGGAAUUCCCUUACUCUAUGGAAAUCUGGGAAGAGGUACUAAAAUGGAUGAAGGUUCAAAUUUUCAAAACAACACAAUGGGAGCAGAUGGAGAACUGGAUCAUCGAAAGAGCAAAAGGCAGAACAAAAAGAGCUCAAGUAUUCAAGAUGGCAUACACAAAAUGGGUGUAUGCAAUAUGGAUAGAAAGAAAUCAACGCAGAUUUGAAGGCAGAUCAAAGAAUGCAAGUCAACUGGUGAGGGAAAUUGCUUAUGUGUGUAAUGUUCGAGCACCAACAAGAAUCAAAGAAUGGAUUCAGCAGUUGAAAGUUAGUUAA